GUUCUUGUACUUUAUUGAUAUUACAGGAAUAAACUUAUAAAUUAGACUAGUAAACGUAUUUUUAAACAAGACACAGUUUUCUUCGACACUGCGCGAUAUAAAUUGAUGCCGGAACUGUUCUGAGAAAAGAGAUAGGUCGGAGUUAAGCGCCUCAAAAUAGACCCUUUCCGAAAUUGGUGCUGGCAACAAUGUUACGCUAAUUUGACGGUACUCGAAAUUUGGGCUGGCAACUAUGAUUUACUCGAUCCGAGACGAACGCCGCCAUGAGCAUGUAUGGCGUCGCGAGCACGAGUGCUGCUGCUUCUGGUAGUAUGUCGUAGAGCAGCAGCUUGUCAGCGAUUCCCAGCUCCCUGACCAAUGAAAGUGUGAACGAGUACUACGCCGCUCGCAAGACCACCGACCGAAAUUGACGGCGAAGCUACAAGUUCCUCACGGAGAGUUACUUGGAGCCGAGCUCCCUCGAAACUGCGACGUUUCUUCGUGGGUAAGUUUGACGAUUGCGUAUUUCGCUGGAGUUCGUAAAGUGAUGUCUAUUUUGAUUCAACGCAGAACGGAUACGUUCGUGGUUACGCGCGGACGAUGCUUCCGCAGCCAAAAGAAGACAGGCAUGCCGUACCGCACGACGGCAACGUUUGCGGCGGACGGCGCUGUUGACGCGAGCAGCUGCGAAUGUGCUGCCAAGGAGGGUCUCUGCAACCAUGCCUUGGCGUUGCUGCGGCUGGUUGCCCUCCUCAAGGGGCAGGGCUACGCAGAAGCUCCACCCGAGGUGAGCUGCACGGAGCUCCCGCAUCAGUGGCGUCGCCCCCGUGACUCCCGGAUUGCGGCCACCAGCCUCGACGGCGUUGACUGGAGGAGCGUGAGGGAAGGCGGCUCUUCCAAACCCGUCGGCUCCAGGCUAUACGACGCGAGGAAGCGCCCAAGGGACCUCGGAGAGAUGGAGGAGGCAAUGCGCGACCUGGGAAGUGGCCUCGGGGAGUCGCCCUUCGCCAGGCACCUGGGAUGUGUCCAGGUGCUGGGCACUGACUCAACUUUCGGUGUAGUCCCCGAGGGUAGCCCGCUGGCCUACCAGCAGCCCCUGGCACCACAUGGCUUCCAGACAUACGUGAGCCCAAACAUCGCCCUGUGUGCCAGGGGCGUCUCGACAGCCCAGCAGCCCACCUGGCUUGUGCUCUUCGACUCAAUGUCCACCUUCAAGCCUUCAACAGGAAUCCUGGCCACUGCUGAGUGGAACCUUCUUGAGGAACUCUUCCUGACACCAGACGAGGCCCGUGAGCUGGAGCAGAACAGUCGCCAGCAGUCCAAAAGCAUGUUGUGGAAAGCUGCCCGCAAGAACCGGCUCACAGCUUCGGCUUUUGGCGUGGCCAAGUCGAGAGAAUCCUGGACAACUACUGGGUUGGACAACCUCACCGCUGAGAGGGAUCUCUCGAAAAUUAGAGCAGUCAAGCAUGGCAUCACUCAUGAGCCACAGGCAGUGGCGGAAUAUGAAAAAGUUCUGCGUCACCGUGGGCACAACAUCCAGACAUCUUGCUGCGGUCUGGUCGUAGAUCCCCGUUCCCCAUGGUUGGGAGCUUCACCCGACAGAAUGAUCUUUGAUUCUACCGAGGCCAUACCUCAUGGGGUGGUAGAAGCAAAAUGCCCUUGCAGCAUGUGGCUUGCCGCCACUCCAGACUCCUUGACUUUUUACAUGGCUAAGGAUACGGCGGGGGUGUACAGGCUCAACCGAGGGCAUAACUACUACUAUCAACUUUUAGGGCAGAUGGCUCUGUCUGGCCAGGCCUGGGGAGAUUUCGUAGUAUACUGUAAGAACGUUUUGAUUUUCGAGAGAAUUGAAUUUUCGCUUUCCGAUUGGACCAGUUGUAAGGAGACAAUGGACAAGUUUUACUUCAAUACACUGCUGCCCUAUCUACUAAAGAAGCGCAACAUGUAAAUGUAACAUUUUCUUUCUUCAUUUUUUUAAACACUCGUACCACCCUUAACAGGGCACUAUACCACCUCCUGAGGUACUCUAUUUAUGGGUUUAACUCAA